AUGAAAUCUGAGACCAAGAGGCUUCGUCCCUACAUCGACGCUGUGUGUCGUUACAUCGAUACCCCAGCCAUAUGGCCUCAAUUUGCCAGACUCCCAUCCGAGAUUCGCUGCGUGGUAUGGAACCUCGCGACCCCUGGCAGAAUUGUCAAUAUCCACAGGAAAUUACUGGCACCUGACCACGGCCAUGCCUAUGAGUUUGAGCCGGCAUCUGCACCUCCCAUCACCGCGCGUAUCAACCGAGAAUCGGGAGAUGCCGCAUGUCGCACCGGCAAGCUUUUCCCCAUUCGAAACGUUGAAAAGCGCAAGUUCAAUUCGGUUUACGAAAGCUUGCCUCCACGGUUUGAGACCCAGUGGGGUUGGUUCGACCCCGACAGAGACAACCUCCGUCUGCCCAUAUACUGGAAGUUUAUGGGGUCGAGCGGCGGACUCUUCGUCAAAGCUCUGUCCAAACUAUACGGCGCCACCCAGCAUGUUGUACUCAGGAUUUUCAAUGGUCCAAACCUCGAACCGAACUAUUGGCGGGAGAAACUAUUCAGCCCGCGGAUCUUCCCAAACCUAGAGUCGGUCAAGUUCAUAGCAUCAACGUACCAGCUGAAAGGGCGAAGUGAUCCUAUGCUUGAAAGCCGACUGUUCGGGUGCAGCCGCGAUGAGUCCAUCCUGGUCAUUGCAAACGACACAGCUGCUACCGACAAUUUGAUGUGCAAGCUAUGCAAGGGUCAUGCUUCAGAUGAACUCGAUAAGCUAGAGGCCGGUCUUACGGAAGCUAUGAAUCGGGAGUGGAUUCGUAAUGCCGAUGAGGAUCAAUCGUCUACGCGCUUUAGCCUCAAUGGCCACAAGACGACUUCAUGUAUGCUUUAG